CUCUGUCUUACUUACACCCAGUUCAUCCAUUUAUAUGUAAAUGAGCCAUGUAUGCAGCCRCAGAAAGGCCCCUCGGCAAUAACAGCCCAUUCUCUGAAGGAGUCAACUACCGCACGGCCAUCUGUCCMCCCACACGGACUCCAGCUAACGGCUUUCUGGAUCACACCCCAGCGGCCUCCUGGCCAAACUUCAACCAUGGCUCCGAUACGCAGCAACACCGGCGGAAUGAAUGGAGGUGACAGCGAAACACAAUCUGACAGGAAGAUGAGGAAACCUCUCAUGGAAAAGAAAAGAAGAGCUCGCAUUAAUGAAAGCUUACAAGAGCUCAGGAUUCUCAUCGCAGACUCAGACCCCAACCGGUGGCUGCUGCUUUUCCACUCGCCGCAGUUACAGUCGAAGAUGGAGAAUGCUGAAGUUUUGGAGGUGACGGUGAAACAUGUGGAAAGCAUCCUGCAGAGCCGAGCACAAGUGACCCGAGGGCUUCUCAUUGAGAUCAAAGUCAGGAGCUUCCACUUCUUUGCUCUUUGA